CUGGCUGGGUGUGCACAGCCUGGGCUCGUACAGGCAGCUACACUGGGCCAUUCGCCAAGUGAAUUGUUCGCGGAGCAUUGGUCUCUGCCAGCGAGUCCUUUGAAUUCAGGGAGCAUUGUGCCCCGCUGAGAAUUCCUGAACGUGCAGAGCAUUGGCCUCUGCAAACAACAUCCUGCACGUGCAGAGCAUUGGCCUCUGCUAGGAGUCCUCAAUUCGCGGAGCAUUGGACUCUGCAGAGGAUUCCUCAACGUGCAGAGCAUUGGCCUCUGGAAAAGAGCGUGGAUUUCCUUUGAAGUUUUGCUGAGGCCUUGUUGCUCCUCUGUGACAUCCUCCCUUCAAAAUGGCUUCUGGAUUCCCAAAAAAGACACCAACACCUCGUCUUUUGCUGAGGGAAAGACUGCAGCCUAACACUCUUCUUCCCUCUAAGUUCCAGCAGGAGAAGUUUCUCAGCACGAAGAAGGAGGCCAGCACUGGGGGGAGGAUUCUGCCCAGAAUUGGCCCAUGGGUAGGCCUGAGCAAGACUGGUCCAAAGCUGCCGUCAGCUCCCCCAAAGCAGAACUUGUUGCAGAUUUCCCCACCAGAGGUGAUAUUUCAGAACUUCAACACUCAUGAUGUCUCUGAAAUGACAGUGUCUCUCAUGAAUGUGGACAAGUUUCCUCAUGUGGUGAAGGUCUCCAUGGAGAGAUCACCUUACUUCCAGGUCAUGGGCUCCAACGAUGCCUACCAUCUCCUGGUGCCGGCCGUGUCUGUCCCUGUGCGCAUCCGCUUCAGCCCCGGCGAGAACAAGGAUUAUUCCCACGAGCUGCUCUGUGUCACUGAAAGGGAAAGGAUAGUGGUGCCAAUUCGGGCCAUUGCUGCCCGAGCUAUCCUGGACUUCCCUGACCAGCUGGACUUCUCCACAUGUCCAGUGAAGUGCAGCAGCCAGAAGACUCUGCUGCUCCACAACACCGGGAACCUGGAAGCUCGUUUCCAGCUGAGCACCCAGAGGCAGAGUCUUUUUGGGCAGUCACAGAGAGAGCUGCGGCAGGAAAAAUUAAUGGAGGAGAAAGAAACAGGGAAGGAGAAGGGCUCUUGUGAAGAUCGUGCUGCCAGCCUGAGGGCCCCGUGGGAGAUGGCAAAGGUGCACCAGGACCCCAUGUUCUCUGAUGACGUUUCUGUCAUUGAGCCAAUGGAGGGAGAAAUCGAGCCGGAUGGUUUGGCCAAAAUCAAGAUGACUUUCAAACCCCUGGAAGCAGUGGAGUAUCAAAGUAUGGCUUAUUGCAGCAUCUCAGGCCGUGAGAGCAGGCUGCCCCUGCAGCUCAGAGGGGAAGGCCAAGGACCCUUGGUUGAGCUCAGCUCUGACACUCUGGAGCUUGGGGACAUUUUUGUCAACACCCCCCAUGUCUGUGAGGUGAACCUGAUCAACCAAGGAGCUCUUGAUGCUCCCUUCAGCUACAUCCCUUCAGCCACAAAGGCGGGCUUGGGCUUCAAGUUGGCACCCCAGGAGGGCAUCAUUGCAGCAGGUGGGAGCCAGACUCUCCAGAUCUCCUUCAGUGCCACCGUGUUGGGGAGGUUUGAGGAAGAAUUCCGGUUCAGUGUGGCUGGAUCUCCUACGCCUGCCAUCCUGACCAUCAGGGGCAGCGUCACUGGACCCAGUUUGCACUUCGACCUCCCUGAGCUCGACUUCGGGGACAUCUCCUUUGGUGAGUGCUGCCUGGGCUGGGACACAGCGGGAGGGAUCUGUGCCUUCCAAGGGAAAAGCAUCCCUCCCUCCUGCUCUGCCCCAGCAGCCUCUUCAGGGUGGGAACUGCAGGGCUGCUGGUGCCGCAGGGAGCAUUUGGCCAUUGUCAGAUCAAACAGAAGCAAGGCAGAGAAAGUCAGGAUUUUCUGGUGUCUCUGUCCUGCUUGAAAAGACAGAUAUCUGCCAAGAAAGGUGGGGAUCUUCCUGGAAUGGAAAGAUGAGCCCCUCCCUCCAAAUGAUGAUACCUUUGAAAUUACAGGGCUCAAACGAUGGGGAAAGGAAUAACAGUUCUUUCCUAGACUAUGUCAGGAGAGCCCAGAGAACAAGAGCAGAUGUUUGCCAGCCGCCAAGUCCCGUUUUUUCCCUUUGGUGCAGUGAGGAUCCC